UGGUGCGGCGGCAGUGCGCGCCGACAUGGGCGAGAAGCUGGAGCUGAGGCUCAAGUCGCCCGUGGGGGCCGAGCCCGCCGUCUACCCGUGGCCGCUGCCCGUCUACGACAAACAUCACGAUGCUGCUCACGAAAUCAUCGAGACCAUCCGAUGGGUCUGCGAGGAAAUCCCAGAUCUCAAGCUCGCCAUGGAGAACUACGUUUUAAUUGACUAUGACACCAAGAGCUUCGAGAGCAUGCAGAGGCUCUGCGACAAGUACAACCGGGCCAUCGACAGCAUCCACCAGCUGUGGAAGGGGACCACGCAGCCCAUGAAGCUGAACACGCGGCCGUGCAACGGGCUGCUGCGGCACAUCCUGCAGCAGGUCUACAACCACUCGGUCACCGACCCUGAGAAGCUCAACAACUACGAGCCCUUCUCGCCUGAGGUGUAUGGCGAGACCUCCUUCGACCUGGUGGCACAGAUGAUCGACGAGAUCAAGAUGACCGAGGACGACCUGUUCGUGGACCUGGGCAGCGGAGUGGGCCAGGUUGUGCUCCAGGUGGCUGCAGCCACCAACUGCAAACAUCACUACGGCGUGGAGAAAGCUGACAUCCCAGCCAAGUACGCGGAGACGAUGGACAGAGAAUUCAGGAAGUGGAUGAAAUGGUAUGGAAAAAAGCAUGCCGGAUACACACUGGAAAGAGGCGAUUUCCUCUCAGAAGAGUGGCGUGAGCGGAUUGCGAACACGAGUGUUAUAUUUGUGAAUAACUUUGCCUUUGGUCCUGAGGUGGAUCACCAGCUGAAGGAACGAUUUGCAAACAUGAAGGAAGGCGGCAGAAUCGUGUCCUCGAAACCUUUUGCACCUCUGAACUUCAGAAUAAACAGUAGAAACUUGAGCGAUAUCGGCACCAUCAUGCGUGUCGUGGAGCUGUCGCCCCUGAAGGGCUCAGUCUCGUGGACGGGGAAGCCGGUCUCCUACUACCUGCACACUAUCGACCGAACCAUACUUGAAAACUAUUUUUCUAGUCUGAAAAAUCCAAAACUCAGGGAGGAACAAGAGGCAGCUAGGCGCCGGCAGCAACGGGAGAACAAGAGCAACACAACCACUCCAACCAAGGUCCAGGAGAGCAAGGCGGCAGUCCCCGCGGACACCCCCGUGGACUCUGGUGCUGAGGAUGAGAAAGCCGGGGCCACCACUGUCAAAAAGCCAUCCCCCUCCAAAGCCCGCAAGAAGAAGCUGAACAAGAAGGGACGGAAGAUGGCUGGCCGGAAGCGUGGGCGCCCCAAGAAAAUGAGCACUGCAAACCCCGAGCGCAGACCCAAGAAGAGCCAAACCGCACUGGACCUCCUGCACACGCAGACCGUGCCCCAGACUGCCCCGUCCUCGCCUCAGGAUGUGUACAAGUCACCUCACAGCCCGUUCUACCAGCUACCUCCGGCCGUGCAGCGGCACGCGUCCAGCCCGCUGCUGGCGGCGCCCACCCCUCCCGCGCUACAGAAGCUGCUAGAGUCUUUCAAGAUCCAGUACCUGCAGUUCUUGGCGUACACAAAGACCCCGCAGUACAAGGCCAACCUGCAGCAGCUGCUGGACCAAGAGAAGGAGAAGAACGCCCAGCUGCUGGGCGCUGCUCGGCAGCUCUUCAGCCACUGCCAGGCGCAGAAGGAGGAGAUCAGGCGGCUCUUCCAACAGAAGCUGGACGAGCUGGGUGUGAAGGCCCUGACCUACAAUGACCUGAUCCAAGCACAGAAGGAGAUCUCUGCGCACAACCAGCAGUUGAAGGAGCAGACGGAGCAGCUAGAGAAGGACAACCGCGCGUUGCGGGGCCAGAGCCUGCAGCUGCUCAAGGCUCGGUGUGAGGAGCUGAAGCUGGACUGGCCCACCCUGUCCCUGGAGAAGCUGCUGAAGGAGAAGCAGGCCCUCAAGAGCCAGAUCUCCGAGAAACAGAGGCGCUGCCUGGAGCUGCAGAUCAGCAUCGUGGAGCUGGAGAAGAGCCAGCGACAGCAGGAGCUGCUGCAGCUCAAGUCCUACGUGCCAGCGGAUGAGGCCCUGUCCGUGCACCUGCGUGGGAAGGGCGCGCUGAGCCGGGAGCAAGAGCCCGACCCCAGCCGCCUCCACCUGGAGCUCGACUGCGCCAAGUUCUCGCUGCCCUCCUUCAGCAGCCUGAGCCCGGAGCUCUCCAUGAACGGCCACACGGCCAGCUAUGAGCUAUACAGCACACUCAGCCGGUCCUCGUCCAAGCAGAACACCCCUCAGUACCUGGCCUCGCCCCUGGACCAGGAGGUGGUGCCCUGCACGCCCAGCCAUGGUGGCCGGCCACGGCUGGACAAGCUGGCUGGCCUGGCCCUGCCCGACUACACACGGCUCUCCCCGGCCAAGAUUGUGCUGCGGCGCCACCUGAGCCAGGACCCCGCUGCCAACGGGAAGGCAGCCGCCGGCGAGCUGCACCCGCGCGUGGAGCACGCCAAGGAGAAUGGCCUCGCCUAUCAGAGCCCCAGCAUCUCCAGCAGCAUCAAGCUGAGCCCACAAGACCCUCGGCCCGCGUCCCCCGUGGCCUUACAGAUGGCAGGGGACAAGGGUGGCGAGAAGGGCUUGAAGGAGCGCCCCUACGGCAGCGGCAGUGAGACCAUCACCAGCCUGCCCGUCAGCAUCCCGCUUAGCACCGUGCAGCCCAACAAGCUCCCAGUCAGCAUCCCCCUGGCCAGUGUGGUAUUGCCCAGCCGUGCUGAGCGAGCGAGGAGCACCCCGAGCCCUGUGCAUCAGAGCCGUGACCCCUCCUCCUGCCUCGACAAGCAGAUCGGUGCUAACCCCCAUGGCGGUGCAAACAGUGCUGCUGGAAGCAGAGGCCUGGCCCUGGCGCCUGCAGGCUUCUCCUACUCUGGCUCGGUGGCCAUCAGUGGGGCCCUGGCCGGCAGCCCGGCAGCCCUCGCCCCUGGGGUCGAGCCAGCCACCUUCGACGAGUCUUCGGGCUCAGGCAGCCUCCUCGCCACCCUGGGCUCACGCAGCUCCACCCCACAGCACCCCUCCCUGCUGGUCCAGGCCCGCAGCUCCGGCCCGGCCUCCCCCGCCCACCAGCUCUCGGGGAGCCCCCGGCUCGGGGGUCCUUCCCAGGGUGCGCUCUCCGACGCCGCCGGCAGGGGCGACCUGCCAUGCGACGCAGGCUUCUCUGACCCCGAGAGCGAGGCCAAGCGCAGGAUUGUUUUCACCGUGGCAGCCAGCACAGCGGGUGCCCGGCCGUCCCCCUCCAGCAAGCACAGCCCCCUGGCCAGCAGCACCCGUGGGGAUGGCGGACAGGGCCACGGGCAGGACAGCCGGAAGCGAGGCCGCAGGAAGCGCUCAUCAGCAGGCACCCCCGGCCUGAGCUCGGGCGUGUCCCCCAAGCGCCGGGCCCCACCGUCUGUCGCCGGGCUCUUUACGCAGUCCUCGGGGUCCCCCCUGAACCUCAACUCCAUGGUCAACAACAUUAACCAGCCCCUGGAGAUCACGGCCAUCUCGUCCCCCGAGAACUCCCUGAAGAGCUCGCCCGUCCCCUACCAGGACCAUGACCAGCCGCCUGUACUCAAGAAGGAGAAGCCGCUGGGCCAGACCAACGGGGCCCACUACUCGCCCCUGACGUCGGACGACGAGCAGGGCUCCGAGGAUGAGCCCGGCAGUGCCAGAAUUGAGAGGAAAAUCGCAACAAUCUCCUUAGAAAGCAAAUCUCCCCCGAAAACCUUGGAAAACGGUGGUGGCCUGGCCAACAGGAAGCCGGUGCCGGCCAGUGAGCCGGUCAACAGCAGCAAGUGGAAGUCCACCUUCUCGCCCAUCUCGGACAUCGGCCUGGCCAAGUCGGCCGACAGCCCACUGCAGGCCGGCUCCACCCUGAGCCAGAACUCCUUGUUUGCAUUUCGGCCUGCCCUGGAGGAGCCCGGUGCCACUGAUGCCAAGGGGGCCACACACCCCAGGAAGGGCUUCUCGGGCUCCUUGGCGGGGGUGGACGUGCCCAACCCGAGCACCAACCCCCCCAACGGGUUCGCCCUCGGCGGGUCCCUGGCCGCCGACCUCAGUUUACACGGCUUCAGCGAUGGUGCUUCUCUCACCCACAAGGCCCCCGAGGUGGCCGGGCUGAGUUUCCCCUCCCAGCGGGGCAAGGAGGCUGGUGCCCCUGAGGCCAACCCCUUCCUGAGCAAGCGGCCGCUGGAUGGACUGAGUGGCCUGAAGGGCGAUGCCAGCAAGGCCCGUGAGGCCGGCGAGCUGGGCCCGACCUUGGGCGGUGCCUCUGAGAAGGCCACGCUGCCGCCCGGCGGGAAGGCAGGCCGAGGCCGGGACCGCGAGCUGGACUUCCCCCACGGCCAUAACCUCUUCAUCUCGGCCGCUGCUGUGCCCUCCGGGGGCCUCCUCAGCGGCCCGGGCCUGGCCCCAGCAGCGUCCUCUGCGGGCACCCACGCCCCCUCCACCCAGACGCACCGCCCCUUCAUGGGCACCUUUGCCCCUGGCGCCCAGUUCACCCUGGGCCCCAUGUCCCUGCAGGCCAACCUGGGCUCGGUGGCGGGCUCAACCGUGCUGCAGUCCCUGUUCAGUGCCGUGCCGGCCGCUGCGGGUCUGGUGCACGUGUCAUCAGCAGCCACCAGGCUCACCAACUCGCACGCCAUGGGCACCUUCUCUUCCGGAGUCGCGGGCGGAACUGUCGGAGGUGUCUUUAACCACGCGGUGCCUUCUGCCUCUUCUCAUCCGUUCGGAGCCAGUUUCGGCAGCGGGGCUGUCUGUGGCAGCGCCACGCUGAGCUUAGCCCCGCUGCAGGCGGUGGCCAGCACCUCCGCCGCUUCCUUUCAGGCCCCGUCCUCUGUCGAGACCCGGCCGCCCCCGCUGCCUCCUGCUCAGCCCCUGGGCCGGCCUCCCCCUGCUCCUCCUCUUCCUGCGCAGCCUGGCCUCCCACCCCCUCUGCCUAACACCGCCUUGCCUCCUCCCCCGCCGCUGCUGGCACCUAACUCUGAGCCCGUGCUUCUGCAGAGCCUGGCGUCCCUCCCUGCUAACCACGCUUUCUUGCCCCCCGCCUCUGCCGCCUCCCUGUCGCCUGCUAACGCCUCUUUGUCUAUCAAGCUCUCUGCUCUGCCUCACAAGGCCUCCCGCCCCUCCUUCACGGUCCACCGCCAGCCUCUGCCCCGGCUGGCCCUGGCGCAGGCUGCACCCCUCCUCCCACAGGCCAGCCCUGCCGCGCCCUCUGCGGUCUGGGUUUCCCUUGGCAUGCCGCCUCCUUAUGCCGCGCACCUUUCGGGGGUUAAGCCGCGCUAA